UGCAGUAGCCUCUUUUUUUGCAGGUUGUUAUGGCUGGAGCAAGGUCAGACAUCUUCACAUGAUUGCAGGCUAAUCAACUAGAACAAUCAGUGAUGAUAAAAACCCUCUUUAGCCAAGAGACUCUUUUCCUGAAGCCUGUAGCGUCUGUUUUGUAGGUGAAAUCAGCAUGGAAGCAGGGGGAGGAUUUCCCUAGGAUGCGAAGAAAAUAUUUCAUACGUAAAGUUUGACCGAGGAGACUUGAAGGAUGGACGUUCACGUUUCCAGGAACGACACAAACACGCAAGUUGAGGCCGACUAUGAUCUGGCGUUUCUUCUAUUCAACUGCACGGUUUUGUUUCUGACGCUUGUCCUCGGUUUGCCCGGUAACGUGUGGGUGUGUUGGGUUGUGUUUCGUACCAAGAGUCUCCAGACGAGCAACAACGCGCUUUUGGUCAGCUUGGCCGCCAGCGAUCUCCUCAAGUGCUCCGUGGACACGCCGCUCCUGCUCGCCUCCUUACUGCGCUCUGGAGUGGGCAGCCGGGUGCCGGUGGCUGUGUGCGCCCUGCAGCAGUUCACCUGGGCUCUGUGUAGCUGCGUGCAGCUGCUCACGCUGGUCAGCAUCAGUGUGGAACGCUUCCAAGCGAUCGCGUUCCCUUUCCAAACCGAGCGCAGGAAGGCCAGAGUUCGCUCCUGGAUCCUGUCCAUCUGGGCAUGCGGCCUCAUCCUGGCAGUGGUCUGCCUGACACUCUCUAAACAGUCUCUCUUCUACGCACUCUGUCGGCCGGUUAUCGCCCACGGCGACCUUCGUCCUCGCUACUCGGAUCCCUUCGGACCUUACGUGUUGGCUCCUCUGUGGGGAUUGUCUCUGACCGUCAUUGUCAUUCACUACGGGAGAAUCAUCAAAAUUGUGAGGCAGCAACGGAAGAAAGUGUUCAGUCGUGGGAUUCGAGUGAUGCCAACAGUGUCGGCGCACGUCUGGAGCUGGAUGAGCGACCCGACUUCAGGAAAACGGUCAGCCCCGCCUGCCUGCUGCAAGCCUCUGGUCACACGGCGGCCGAUGCAGCAGGUGGCCAGUGAGCCCUGCUCGGGCACUUCGCCCGGAGGAGCCCGGGCUAUACAUCCAGCGAUAGUUGGAGCAGUGUGCCUUCUGACGCCUGGAGCUAGAGAGAGAGGGAAGAAACAGGUGGAGGGCAAACUGGCCAAACGCUUUGGCUACAUUAUCAUCGCUUUCACACUUUUUUGGCUUCCCAUGGUGGUUAUUUUGCUCAUGAACAACUUCAUCACAUGGCCGGAAACUGACAAAUUGCUGUUGGAGCUGGAGACGUCCGCCAUGGUGCUCACCUGUGUGCAAGCUGCAGUGGACCCACUCAUCUACACUUUAGUCACCAGACAGUUCCGCUAUGAACUCAGCAAGAUUUUCACGUCUUUCCCAAAGUGUCCACUGCAACCGGGAUCCUGAACUUUUCACACACAUUUGAGUGGGAGAAGUGAAAAGUCGUUGUAAUUGUUACUAUAUCAAUUGAAAAUAUCCUGCUGUGAUUUUUAUAAUUGUAUGAAGCAAUUUUGCAAACACCGCCCUUUUUACAGGCUUAAGCACCCUCAUCCCCAAAAAACAACAAAAGUGACCGAAAGAUGAAAAUAAGCAGCGACAUGCGAAUGUGGCAGAUAUAGAUGUUUUAUCAGGCGUUUCACCGUUGGGACACAAGACAAAGGCAUAAAUAAUAACCAACACAUGACACGGUACACGGCAGCAGUCUCAACAGUGACAGUUGAGGGCAAAGUCAAAGUUAAGGAGAUCACAGAACAGAACAUUGUUGACUGUAAAUAAAAAUGUCAAUCAUUGUCCACUUUGAGCUUCACUGUUGUUCAACAGUGAACAUUGGAAAGAAACCUCACUUCUGCCGUCUUGUUUGAAAAUAUUCUAAAUGUUUAACUUCAUACUGUGACUCGAUGUCUUUAACACUGCUUUCAAAAUAAGACCAAACAUAUCUGCCUAUGUGUGCUUGUCUUUUCUUUUUUUUUAAU